AUGAAUAAUAAUAAUGAUAUUGAAACAUUAAAUAAGCAACAACAACAACAACAAACAUCAAAAUCAUCGAAAAAAUCUAAUCAUCAAUCAAAUUCAAUUAAUAAUAAAUCUUCAAAAUCUUCAUCAAAAAUUUCUAAACAAAAUCGACCAAAUCUAAUUCAAAAACAAACAUCAGGAAAACCUACAUGUACACGUUGUGGUUUUAAACAAUUAGUUGAUAUAACACAACAUGAAUUUCCAAAACAACAAGGUCUUGUAUUUGAAUGUUUAUCAUGUGGAAAUAAUUCUAUACGAUCUAAUGUAUCUGCUGAUGAACGACAACGACGUUUAGCUAAAGUUGCUGCUGAUCAUUUAAAUAAAGUUGAAUGUCAAUUUUGUCAUCGAAUGUUUCAUGCACAUAAUGAUUAUUUAAUGCAUUUGAGAAACGAUCAUGCAUCAAAUAAACCUAUGUGA